CAUUGUGAUAGAGUGAUAACAUUAUCUGCCAACGAUUUCUGAAGGAUAUCGCAUAGAAGUUGUAAUUUGGGUGAAGAAUCGGACAAAAUGGAAUGGAAUUCUCCACUCCUGUUGAUGAUUGGAAGUCCGCAGCAAUGGUAAGAAAUGGGUAUAAGUAUCUUUCAUUGUAUGCUCGUUUUGAGGAUGGGCAAUCAGUUUUUAGCACAUCUCUUUCUUAUAUCAAUCAGCUCUUGAUACUAGGUACUCAAUCUCAGAUUCAUACCGAUCAUCUCCGUCAAAAACGACAUCUAUCGCAUCCGGAAACUCUAAAUCCUCUCCUCGCUCAGACGUCCCACUAGCAUGUCUCCCCCAAUGACUUCCCCCCAAAAUUCCGCAUUAUGGUUGGAACUAUCUGGCAAGCUGGAGGUUAGACCUGCGCCCUAUACUCGACCUCUGAAGAAUGAAAUUGUCGUUAAAAAUGGAGCUGUUGCCGUGAACCCGGUAGAUUGGAUCAAGCAAGAUAUGGGCAGUCUUAUGUUUCCGUGGGCGAAAUAUCCAUUGAUUUCUGGAUAUGAUGUUUCGGGAGAAGUGGUUGAAAUUGGCUCAGAAGUUACACGAUUUAAGGUUGGAGAUCGUGUUACAGGUAUGGCAAUGGGUCUCACGGAAUCAUCCAAUGUCCUGACGCAAAGUGGCUUUCAACUCUAUACUAUCCUUUUGGAUAAUAUGGCUUCGCACAUUCCGCAUACACUAUCUUAUGAGCAAGCUUGUGUGGUACCUUUGGCACUUUCUACCGCAGCUGCCGGGCUUUUUCAAAAGGACCAGUUGGCGCUAGAAUUGCCAUCGUUGUCCCCAAAAUCUACGGGGGAGACUGUACUUAUUUGGGGUGGUUCAACCAGUGUCGGCGUUAACGCUAUACAAUUAGCCGUCGCAGCUGGUUACGAAGUAUUCUCUACCUCAUCUCCCAGAAACUUCGACCUUUUAAAGAAACUUGGUGCAAGUCAAGUCUUUGAUUACAAUAGCAAGACUGCCAUUCCUGAUAUUAUAAAUGCAUUUAAAGGCAAGACUACCGCUGGUGCGGUGUCAAUAGGACAGGGGGCUGCUGAUGCAUGCAUGGAUAUCCUCAAUAAGUGUAGAGGGAGGAAGUUCCUUUCAAUGAUGACUUACCCCGUACCAUUUCCACCACCAAAAAGAUUCAUACUUCCGAAAGUUAUAUGUACAUUCGUUCCUUGGAUAAUUUCCAAUCAAAUUAAGAAGAUGGUCAGAGGAAUUGACAACGCAUUCGUUGACGGCUCAACUGUGGCAAUGAAUGGCGUAGGCAAGGCAAUCUUUGGGGACUUCCUUUCGGAGGCGUUGGAGAAAGGCGUUUUUGUUGCCGCUCCUGAGGCUAUGGUUGUUGGGAAUGGUUUGGAAUCUGUAGAAAAGGGAAUAGAAAUACAGAGGAAAGGCGUUUCUGCUAGGAAAGUGGUAAUAUCGCUGUCAUAAACAAGCUUUUAAGAAAUUUUGUUAAUUAAUUACUUUACAUAGCUCUAUCACUAAUAGUAUUCCUUCGUCUGCAAGAU